UAAUAAUAUUGUUCUUCCCUGUUGUAAAAUAAAAUCUAAUAACACUUUUUUUUUUUUUUUUAAUUAAUUUGGAGGUAAAAGGGAGUAAGGGAUGACAUAGUGCAUCCGGUAAGGACCCAAAUAAACAUCUUCGUUUGUUAAACCAAAUAAGUUGCACAGUAACCUGAUCUGGCUUACGGGAUCUGCUUCCUCCAAAAGUUUCUCCUCAAUGCAGCCGAGGCAUUGCUGUUACAUGGCAGUUUGCUCCCAGUCCUCGUAAUUCCCAAUUCCUAACCCUAGCCAGCCGCCCCCGCACCUCCAGAACUGAGAUUGCCAUCUCCCGAUCUCUGACACUGCAGAUGGUUAACAUGCUUCACAUUCUAGUGUGCUGAGCCAUAGCCUGGGCACUGUCCAGCUCUCCCUCACACACGCACUCGGUGUCUGGAACUGACCUGCUCCGAACGUCGGCACAGAUUGCCAGCUGACGUCACUCUUCCUGGAUCAGAAUUAGCCCCUGUCCAAAAGCAGGGCCAAGCCCUUUAGCUUGUUAACACUGAAUUGAGAGUUAAUAAGCAUUGCAGCAUUAGCGAGCACACUCCCUGAAACAUUCUCGCUGCUCGCCUGGGCUGCCUGCUGUGUGCUUCACAGUGCUGCGAUUUCUUUUUACAAAUAGAGGAGGCAGCCGUGUGUUUUGCUAUUUAUUUCAGAGAACAGGAUAUAUAAUCCUGAUUAGGAUGAUCUCUGUUAAAUCAGUCGGCCACACCCUGUUGUAAUAUCUGCACCGCACUCUGUGUACACACAGAGCUCCAGUUUUGUGUCUGCUGUUUAAGUCUGAAGAUGACACGGCUUCCAUUCUAAAAAGGAAUGCAUGAGUUCUGUGCAAUUUGGGGCUGGAAUUUUGAAGCUAAUAAAUAACAGAUGGCCAAUGUUCUCACCUCGUUUUGCCUGAAUUGACUAUCCACCCACACACUACCCACUACUAUAGCAGCAGUCACUUGUAUUGAGCUUGUCUUUUUAGUGUUUGAAACAAGUAGGGCUGAUGGUAGAGUUUGUUUUAGAAAUGUUAAUGGUUUAAGACAGUGUUACGAUUGCUCUAAGCUGUCUAGACUCGGGCAAUGCACUUUAGUUUCCAAAUAGUGCACAAGCAACAGCCUAGUGGAGCGAAGUGCACCGAGCGAGUUCUACAAUGUUGCAGUGGAUGUUUAGAGGUGCCAAAGAAGGACAAAGUACAUUCCGAGAGCUGCUUAAAACAGUCAGUCCCAGUGCACAUGGUAUCUCUGCUGCAAGCCAGUGCAGUUGCCUGCAGCCUGAUUGGGUGGAUCUCGCUGUACGCCUCGCUCUGCCAUCUGAACGGUCGCCGUGGUUACGAGUGGAACUGCCGUCUGGUGACGCUGUUUCACGGGGUUCUGAUCGUAUGUCUGUCUGCCUACGUGGGAUUUGUUGAUGGCCCGUGGCCCUUCACACACCCAGGCUCCCUGAACACUCCUCUGCAGCUGCAGGUGCUGUGCCUCAGCCUGGGCUACUUCGUCUUCGAUAUGUGCUGGUGCAUCUACUUCCAGACAGAGGGGGCGGUCAUGCUGGCCCACCACACCAUGAGCGUCCUGGGCAUCGUGCUGGCGCUGUGGCUGGGCGAGUCGGCCACCGAGGUGAACGCCGUCCUCUUCGGCAGCGAGAUCACCAACCCCCUGCUGCAGGCGCGCUGGUUCCUGCGCCACGCCGGGCUCUACGACACGCUGGCGGGGGACGUCGUGGACUUCCUCUUCGUGGUCCUGUUCAGCGGCGUGCGGAUUGGCGUGGGCACCUGGAUGCUGUGCUGUGAGCUGGCCUCGCCGCGGCCGUGCUCGCUAGUGAAGGGCUGCGGGGUCGCCAUGUACGCCCUCUCCUGGCUCUUCAUGGUGAGCAUUGCCUGCUUCGCCUACAGGAAGAGCUGCCUCAAGUACAGGAAAUGGGCGGCCGCCAGCGGAGCCAAGAGGAAUACUGGGAAGACGGAGUGAAGAUCCUGGGUGGAGGGAUUCUCCGACACACAGAGCAAAGUCUUCACUGAACUAAUCUUUUAUUAACUCUGGCUCCAGCUAUAGCAUUAUACAAUGGAGAGCACUGCAUUGAUAAGUAAUGUGCUUGUUUGUUUUUUAUAGGAAUUUCAAUGGAGGGAUCCACCCUUCCGAACCUACAUUACGAAAGGAAUAAGAGAAUUCAUUGCAAAAAAAGCUACAACAAAAACAGACUGAUUUCAUGUUUUGCAAUGUCCACUUUUCGUUUGUAUAUUGAUCAAUGUAUACUUAAAGGGCUAGAAAUAAGCACUGCCUGGGGUGUUCAUCCUAUAACAAGGAACAAUAGCAUUCCAGCCUUCUUUAAGAAUAGCAACAGCUUUUUGACACGGUAAUUAGCCUUAAAAUAAGUAGCUGGUAAGCCUCACUGUGGUGUCACUGGUACUGCAUAGCGUUAGUGCCUGUGUCUUAGGUCAUUUUCAGUAAUGAUUGUGUUGAAUAUUACAACUUACCGCCUUGGGGUUAAGAAGCCGUAGAGGUUUGUAUUUUAGUGAUAGAAUGUGGUGUUAAAUACAGUUCUCAUUUCCCUAAUUCUAAGACUCUCCCUUUCAAACGUGGUCUGUAGUAAACGGCUCAUUUCUAGCUGUCUGUAUCUGUGCACGCACCGACCGUGCUGUGAAUAAAAAGGGUUGCAUUUGGAAUUAUAGCUUAAAAUGAGUACAGAUCAAAGUAUCAGGGGCUUGCAGAUCCCUGAGGCGUUUUCAACACCUGCCGGUGAGGUUUCUGUAGUGAGAAUGUUUUUGAUAUGAAGUCUUCUAAUGGAACUGUGAAUGUUUGCUUGGGUAUUCACUGCCGUGUUGCUCAGUCGUCAUGGGGGAUUCAGUCAGUGAUGCAGAGCUGCGUUGUGAUUGAAGCAAUAUCUCCUUUUUUGGUGCUGUUCAAUGAAUCCUGCAGGCGUAGGAACAAAAUGAGCCUUCCAUAAUUGUACUGCCCUCCUGGAAAACUUGAACCCGUCCCACACCCCUCAGCUGUUUCUCCCCUGCACUUCAAUAAGCACAUCAGAGAAAAACACACAAGGGUUUGGACUAUCGGAAACUUCCUUCAUGGGUUUGAGAUCGGCUGCUCAAGUCUAGGACCUUUCUAAACAGCUGGUGUGUUAGGGAUUAAACCCGAUCUUUUCACAGAUGGUUUGUGUCCAAUUGAAGCUAGUUCACUAAAAAUAACACUAAUAAAGUAAGCAGUUAUAACGGCUGGGCUUGAUUUGUUCACACCAAGCACAGAUGAAGUUAGAAUACAAGUCCUGUGCAUACUAUUCAGUAUUUUAAGGUUCAUAAGCUUAUAUUGUACUGUAAUUGUGUCUUUAAGUUUGUUAAAUAAAGACUGUAUGUUUUGGUCA